AUGAGAGGCUCAAAGUUAAUUUUAAAAGUUCUUGCCGUGUUCGGUGUUCUGGCAAUUGCCGACAAAAGUACAGCUACCACGAGCUGUCCGUACGCGAAUAGUGAUAAACUCGAGCUGUAUCCAGCUUCAAAAUCGAAGAGAAGCUCAGAAAGUUUUCGUUUCGAAGUUCGGCCUGCGGUCAGUGGCUCUAACUUGGACUUGUUGCUGAAGGAGUAUUUACCGAAAUACAAUACAAAUUCGGACUCUAGUCCCAGCAGUUGGCUGGACUUGUCGGGUUCUUCGCAGCCCGUAAGGUGUGGCAUACCGCCUUUGAAUUGCCUUAAUGAUACGAUCAACUUGCACUACCGAAGCAUUGAUGGAUCAUGCAACAGCCUACUUUACCCGGAAUUCGGAAUUGCUGUCUCUAGAUACAGGCGCCUACUGCCACCCAAAUAUGGGAAGCCAGUUCAGGCCUUACCGAAUGCGCGGCUUAUCUCUCUUUCACUGUAUGGAGAGCAUACGAGAAACGACAAUUUCAGGACCAUGGCGGCCAUGCAGUGGGGCCAGUACGUUGCUCACGAUAUCAGUCAGCUGACGACCAAGGGUGCACCGAAAGACUGCUGUGCUGAGCCUCACCACCAUCGCUGCCAGCCGAUCGCUCUACCGCGCGGUGGACCCAUCGCGUACAACACAGGAAAAACUUGCCUCCACUUUGCUAACAGCGUGUCGGACGCUGAUGCCAUUUGCCCGAAGGACCGUGCGCCAUAUCCCGAGAAGCUUACACUUUCUACAGCCUAUCUGGAUCUAUCAUCUGUGUAUGGAAAUUCUCUACAUCAGAGCCGUAGGGUGCGUUUAUUCAAGGGAGGUCGGCUUCGCACCAGCUAUAUAAAUGGUCAGCACUGGUUACCCGUGAGUCAGAACUUUGAAGGUGAAUGCGGCUCCAGGAAUGAGUGCUACAGCAUGCCAGAUAGACGGAACCGAUUCUCACCCACCAUUGCACUUCUGCAGACGCUUUUGGUGCGGGAACAUAAUCGACUGGUCGAAAACCUGGCGCUUCUUAAUCCGCACUAUAGCGAUGAGCGUCUUUACCAGGAAGCUCGCAAGAUCAGUAUUGCGCAGUUCCAGAAGAUUACAUUUAACGAUUGGCUGCCCUUAUAUCUGGGACGUACGUACACUUAUCUCAACGGUCUCAUCUAUCCGGUAGACCCUACUGAGUAUGUCAAUGACUACGACGAAACCGUCAAUGCUGGUGCUUAUGCCGAGUUCGCUGCGGCCGCUUUCCGCUACGCGCAUACCCAGAUUCCCGGCUGGUUUUCACUUGUUGCCCCCAAUCGCAGUUCCAACCAGACUCUGCGCUUAAGUGAUUAUUUCGAGCGAUCUGAGACCAUUCGAUUGUUGGACUCCAGUGAUAACUUUGAUGCAUUGUUAAGAGGUUUGGCUACGCAACUUCAUAAACGUUCGGAUGGGAAUAUCGAUCCUGAGAUCAAGCACUUCUUCAAUCGAAAGGACUUCGAGGAGUACGGUUCUGAUCUGAAGUCAUUGGAUAUUCAACGUGCCCGAGACUUUGGGUUAGCCUCCUACAACGAUGUCCGCGAGUUCUGCGGACUGCGUCGAGCCGUCGAUUGGCCGGAUUUCACUGCCGAGAUACCGAGAGAGAAAAUCGCGUUGUUGAAAAAGCUGUACGCAACACCCGAUGAUGUGGAGUUGAGUGUCGGUGGCUCCUUGGAGUUCCACGUUCCGGAAGCUCUUUUCGGGCCGACUCUGUUGUGUAUUAUUGGCAAGCAAUUUCUAAACACGCGUCGUGGCGAUCGAUUCUUUUUUGAACGAGAUCACACUGGUGGUUUUUCACGCACGCAACUGGCGGAGAUUCGUAAGGCAAGUUUGGCAAGUUUGUUCUGCAACAAUGCGAAUUAUUUGCGCGACAUUCAGCCGAAUGUAUUCGUAUUCCCAAACGUAUAUAACAUGCUCGUCAAUUGCAAUGAGAUCCCUCAAGUUGAUCUUAGCAAAUGGCAAGAUACCCAAUAGCAAGAAACUGAACCAAAGUUCUACUAUAUUCUACAUUCUAUAAAAACGAUUUAGCUUUUAUGUACUUUUGUUAUAUUUGUUAUAUUUUGAACAAAGUAGGACUGCCGCACAUA